GAGGACAGGACAGGAAGGAAACCAAAGGGUUUCUUUGUGAGUCGCAUCUGAGUGAUUUCUGCAAAGACCUGGUGGGAAUGUGGCCGAUCUGAGAGAUUUUAAAGUCCUUUUUAAAAGCUGCUGCAUUGCACCAGUCACUGUGUGUCUCCCAUUUAUCCAGGACUGAUUGCGGGUGGGAAAACUUUGUGCACCGAGUCUGGCUGUUUACCCUCUGCAUUCCCUGGAGAGCUUCUGUGUGUAACGCUGUGAUUGUCAGACGGUGCUCGGCAGACGGUUUGCGGGGAUGGAUGUGGAGACAGAGGCAGGGCAGGUGUGCGGGGGGAGUGGGGAGGCCGUGGGGGGUGUUAUGCCGCAGGCGCGGUACCGGUGCUCGGCCUGUGGCCGCGGUUUCCGCUUCCCCUCGGAGCUCGAUGUGCACCGGCGAGCGCACACCGGGGAGCGGCCGUUCGAGUGUGGCUCCUGUGGACGUGGCUUCAGCCGCUCUGGCCACCUGCGGGGACACCAGCGAGCCCACUGUGCUGACCGGCCCUUCGCCUGUGCCGCCUGCCUGCGCCGCUUUCUCACGGCGGCCGACCUGCUCCUGCACUAUCGCAGCCACGCCGGCGACAAGCCCUAUGAGUGCGGCGCCUGCACCAAGCGAUUCGGCAAAUCGGGGGACCUGGCGCGGCACCGACUCACACACUCUGGGGAGAAGCCCUUCAGCUGUGAGGCUGUGCCAAGCGAUUCGGAAAAUCAAGCGACUUGUUGCGGCACCAGCGCACGCACUCCGGGGAGAGGCCGUUCGGGUGUGAGGCUUGUGGCAAACGCUUCAAGACAGCGGGGGAGCUGGCAGUGCAUGGUCGCACACACUCUGGGGAGAAGCCGUUCCGCUGUGAGGCCUGUGGCAAACGCUUCAUCACUGCCAGUGCCCUCUCGCGGCACCGCAGGACGCACUCCGGUGAGAGACCAUUCCAGUGCCUGGUUUGCCACAAGCGCUUUAACCGUCCCUGCACACUAUCGGCACCAACGUACACAUAGCGGGGAGCGGCCAUACCAGUGUGACGUUUGCCAGAAGCGUUUUGGCGCCGCUGGAGCCUUGUCCGUACACCAACGUACACACACCGGGGAGAGGCCGUUCCGCUGUGACGUGUGCGAGCGACGGUUUAACCGACUCGGCAACUUGGCCCGGCACCGACACACCCACAGCAAAGAGAAAUCAUUCCCAUGCGACGUGUGCGAAAAGGGGUUCAACAGACUAGGGAACCUGGCACUGCACCGUCGUACACACACGAAAGGCAAACCAACUUCCAGUUAAUGCAGGCUUUGCUUCUCUGUCAGCCCGAUUCAGCUGCACACACUUGCCUUUGGGUCAGAAGCUUGUAGGUUCGAGCGCCGUAUUGUCGGAGAUGCUGUAGUUUGGAUGAGAUGUUAGACAUCACUCCAUGUCCUUGCCCCAUUCAGGCCAGAUGUUAAAGAUCUCCCACGUUGC